UAGCACUACGAGUGCACUUGAGAUAAUAAGAGUCCUCGUUGCACUGCACUCGCUUGUUCGAGGAAAAUCAUUUUACCAUUUACAUUCAAGCUAUUCGCGACAAUGUUUCGUGAAUUAUUAUUGUAUGAUCUAUAUUAGAACGAUCAUGUGCACGUGCGUUACGAAUUGUACCAUAGAAUAUUCGUAUCAUAGCUCGGAACAUCGUUUCGAAUAGUAUCUCUCGAACAGCAAGAGCACAAUCGUCUCUGAUGCGAGCAAAAUCGGUAAAUUUCUGAACGCCGAGGAACGACAAUAAGCCGAAGCAAGGUCGUUUUAGGAAACGUGAAUUUAAAUAAUGUUAGUGACCGCGAGAAGGAUGUUGACGCCUGUGAUGUUCGUGUCGAAUUUUGUAUUUAUGCAGCGAUUAAAGUAAAGAAUUCAGAUGAUUCAAAUUAGAACUGCGUAUUCCAGAAUCUGGAAAUAACAGAGGCACGUUGAGGAUACCUGCGCAUUGUUGCGGCGAUUUAAUUAACAAGGGAAAUAAUAUGGCUGGUAAUUUUUGGCAGAGUUCACAUCAUCAACAGUGGUUAUUAGAUAAACAGGAUCUGGUGCGAGAACGACAGCACGAUCUAUUAACUUUUACGGAGGAAGAAUAUCAAAAGUUGUUCAUCUUCUUUGCAAAUUUAAUACAAGUGUUGGGUGAACAAUUGAAGCUCAGGCAACAAGUCAUAGCCACAGCAACUGUUUACUUCAAAAGAUUUUACGCUCGCAACAGCCUGAAAUGCAUAGACCCUCUGUUAUUAGCACCUACGUCAGUUUUUCUAGCAUCGAAGGUAGAAGAAUUUGGAGUAAUUUCUCAUAACAGAUUAAUUGCAGCUUGCCAAACUGUAGUCAAGAAUAAGUUUAACUAUGCUUAUUCACAAGAAUUUCCAUAUCGUGGAAGUCACAUUUCAGAAUGUGAAUUUUAUCUUUUGGAACAUUUAGACUGUUGUUUAAUAGUAUAUCAACCAUACAGACCUCUAUUAAUUCUUAUACAAGAUGUGGGUCCAGAUGAACAAUUAUUAACGUUAGCAUGGAGGAUAAUUAAUGAUAGUUUACGUACCGAUGUGUGCUUAUUGUAUCCACCAUACCAAAUAGCUAUUGGAUGCUUACAAAUAGCUUGUGUGAUAUUGCAAAAGGAUUUGAAGUCAUGGUUCGCUGAACUGAACGCUGACAUGGAAAAGAUCCAAGAGAUAGCACGUUAUAUAAUUAAUUUGUACGAACUGUGGAAAACGUAUGACGAAAAGAAAGAGAUUCAAGGUUUGUUAGCCAAAAUGCCGAAACCUACUCCGUCACCACCACAGCACUGACAACAAGCUCCUUUACCACCUAACACGUGUAUAUUUGACGCUGACGUGUUACAACAGAAUUGAACAUUACAUACUUUGUUCGAUGUACGUAUAUAUAAUUUAAAAUUGACUCGGUAUAUUUUAACAAACAAAUUGAAAUAUAUUUUAUGUGAUUAAACUGAAAAGUAAGUUUCAAUCGGUAAUUACUUCUGUACAUUGGGACAAUUUAGGGCUCUAUGAUAAAAAUAAAAAUCUACUUUCUGUUUAAAAUAAACUCGUUCUUUUG